GUUGAAUUUAAAUUAGAUAUAAAUGGGUGCAUGACUUGACAAGUAUACAUUUAGUACCUUGCUUUAGCUUCAAGGAGGAACUUCUUACUCAGUGGUUGGGAUCAUAUCUUCUAUAUCUUAACUAUAAACCACACGGCAGACAUCUGUUGACUUUAUUCAGACAACCACUUAUUAUAAAGGAAUAUAUAAAGGAUUAAAAAUAACAUGACAGAUCAUUUUGUUUAUCCAUCUGUGUUUGUUGUGGAUGGACAGGCAGACAACAUUCCAUUUGUGCCACCAAGAAAGAGGAAAAAGAACUGCCAGUUUCUGCAGCCACUGCUUCUGUUCCUCGUUAUUCUAGCUCUCGGUGGAGUGCUCGUUGAAGGAUACUUUCUAAGAGAAAUGCGCAGCAGGUUGGACAGCACAACAUCCGAGAUAUCAACUGGAGCAAACGCAAGCUUUGAAAAAAUUAUUCAAGAAAGAAAAUCAGAUCCAGAGAAGCCUGCAGCCCAUUUAACAGGUUGUAACUGCAGUCCUUCUGAUGGAGACCUCCUCUACUGGGAAGACAAGAAGGGUCUUGCAUUUAAAUCUCAAACUGGUUAUCACAAUGGAGCUUUACUCAUCAAGAAAACUGGUUAUUAUUAUGUGUAUUCAAAGUUAAUGUUGGGAGAAGUUGAAUGCAUAGAUACUAAAAUGAAACUUUUUAAGCACAUUGUUGUGAAAAGGAAUGACAAAUAUCCAAGUGAGAUCACCUUGAUGAGCUCGCGUCGUUUCUUGUGCAUAAAUCUGAGCACUGACCAAUGGCUAGAGAACAGCUUCUUAGGUGGAUUAUUUUAUCUAGAUGAUGGUGACCAUAUCUCUGUCCGAGUAACCGAGAAAGGCCUGGUUCGAAUAAAAGAUGGAACAAUGUCUUAUUUUGGUGCAUUCAUGUUAUAAAGGCAAAGACAAUGAAUAUACAAAAACAGCAACAUGAAGUGUCACUGUUUCAUUGUUGGAGAAACGUGUUAAAUAACUGUGUGUAAUCACAUGAUCACCAUGUGACUGUGGUGAGAGUAGUACUUCAUAAUGCCAUCUUUUGACCUGGUGUAAUCACAUGACCACCACGUGACUGUGGUGAGAGUAGUACUUCAUAAUGCCAUCUUUUGACCUGGUGUAAUCACAUGACCACCACGUGACUGUGGUGAGAGUAGUAGUAGUACAUGAUUCUAUGUUUUGACCUGGUGUAAUCACAUGACCACCAUGUGACUGUGGUGACAGUAAUAGUUCAUGAUGCCAUGUUUUGACCUGCUUGUGCCAUUUAGAAAGAUGGUGUCACCACAAGUGCAUCAAACAACACUAUCCUGCUAUGGAUGAGAAAUUAUUUGUUGACGUUUCCUGAUUACAUACAUUAGGGCAAAUUACCAGCAACUUCUUUUUGAUUUUCUUGAGUAUUGAAUGUAUUGCUCAACCUCUGUACUGCACUUUGCUCUGAUUUCUGCUUUCCAUUUUCUCAGUUCAUAUUUUUCCCUUUCGGAUUGAGGAGUCUAACAUAAUUCUCAGAAUUAAUUGUUAUGGUUGUGCUUUGUUGUACUUACACAGCAGAUGUCAGUUUAUAACGCAUUUCCUCAAAAGUUGGGAAACCACGUAAUUCUAUAUCACAUUGCAUAAAAUCAUAUUUUCAAAACCAACAAGUUUUUAAGUAAUGCAUAUAUAAGUGUCAUCAGGUUUAUGAGUUAUGGCCCUCUUCAAAAGGAACCUUGAUGAUUGGAUGGGAGAUAGGAAAUUCACCCCGGGGAUCACAUCAGUCGCCCUGCUAGACAGGGGUCCAGGGAAGUAAAUACUGUGAGAAGAAAUAGCCAGGGAAUUGUUAUGGCUAGGCUUGUAUAGGACCUAGGGCCGAUAGCCUAGUACCAACCUAUGAACUUAUGUAUUACGCUUGUAAGUUACUUAGGACUUUAAUGAAAUGUGUAACACAGUGAAUGAUUUUUGGGAUAGAGAGUGAGCUGGUAUAUGGCCAAUAAUUAUUUGUUUAGCUUGAUUGUAGGGCUAAUUCAGUAUAGAGUAUUUUCAGUCACAACCUGCAUGCACAGUCUAUCGCAAGCCUUUUGCAUAUUGUUUAUUGUGUCAGAUGACAAUUUAGUGUCUGAAUGGUGAGAUACUUCAAAAGUUGCUGCAGAUGAAAUCAUUUAAGAAUUCCUUUACUGGGAGGUGGCAUGACCACAGAGUUUGAUAUUACGUGGUUCUUGCUGAAUGAAGGUAGAUGUUCUUUAUACCAUCCACUCUCUAGUUUGUGGUAGCAUUCUGACCUGGGGAAGACAUAAUGAGAUUUUUACUCGAAUAUGAAAGCUGCUCAUGCCCCAUCUGUUGCAGGUCUGCUAUAGCCAUUCUUUGUGGUUUGUGAAAUGAAUACAAUCAUGGCCGGUGUUAGUUGACACAUUAGCAAAAACAGAUAAAUGCAGUCUGUAACCCUACA